AUGGAACUGGUCCAGAAGGAACACGAUCGGCUCUUGAAGAGGCUGAAGAGCUCUCAGGGCCUGAAGAACGUUCAGUCCACCAUUGAUCUUUUACAGGCGGCGCGAGACACUAUCGCUGCUGACCCCAAUCAAGCAGCAGUGACCCUGGCUAAACUGCAAAAUCCCGUCAAUGCAUCGUUUGAUUCGAUCAACGACAGCCUGAAAGAAACCUAUGGCGGUCUCAGCAAGUACACCAAGUCGCUCGAUAAGCUCUUCAAAGACAGGCCCCUCCCCAGCACCGAGCAUGACGCCCUCUCUGAACAGGAACAUCUGAUCAACCGAGCGAUCGCUAUGCAUCUCCUCCGUGAGGGCCAGUUCUCCGUGGCCGCCACCUUCCUGUCUGAAAUUGCGGAGAAGAAGUCGAUGGCCCAGCACUGCGAGUCGAAUCCCAUCCCCGCAGAGCACGCCGCCAACCUAUUAGAUUUGGACGAGGUCCCCUCCACCGAGAUUCGCAAGCAAUUCGCCGCUAUGUAUUACAUCCUCCACGAGCUCAAAGAAAAGAAGAAUUUGCAGCCGGCCAUCGAGUGGUCGCGCGAGAACCGCGAGGCGCUGGAAGCCCGUGGGAGUAAUUUGGAAUUUGAGCUGUGUCGUCUGCAGUAUAUCUGGCUGUAUCAUGGGGAAUCGGAGGCACAACUCCACAGCCCGGGUAAUGUCAUCGCGGCCAUCGCCUAUGCCCGGCGGGAAGAGAUCCAGCAGCUCUGUGGUGCUAUGGCCUUUGCGCAGAACAUGUCGAAGUCGCCGUAUUCAGCCACCUUCAACAGCCCGUCGGCCUGGGCGGACGUGGCCCAGUUCUUCACUCGUGAGUUCUGCUCGCUCCUGGGUCUCUCAGCCGACUCGCCCCUGUACAUUGCUGCGACAGCCGGUGCGAUUGCGCUGCCGACGUUGCUGAAGCUACAGACCAUAAUGAAAGCGAAGCGAACGGAAUGGACCAGCGCGAAUGAGCUUCCGGUUGAGAUCUCCCUACCGCCUUCUUAUCUUUUUCAUUCAAUUUUUGUCUGCCCCGUCUCGAAAGAACAGGCGACCGAUGAGAAUCCUCCGAUGAUGAUGCCCUGCGGACACGUCAUUGCCGAAGAGUCGCUGAAGCGGCUCAGCAAGGGUGGCCGCUUCAAAUGCCCAUACUGCCCGAACGAAAGCCACCCUAGGGACGCGCGGAAGGUCUUCUUGUGA